UGCGGUCCGGUGCGGAGGGAUGGGGGCAGGGUUCGAGUCCAGCGAGGGAUUCACGGCAAUCUGCAGCAUUCACUUACAACAGGAUGCACGCACAGACUAGUAGAAGCUUCAUGUUGUAGCCCCGUCUGUUUCAGCAACGGGACGUUUUGUUUCUACUUUAGUGAGAGGAGUAUAUUCAUCUUUUCUUCAACUUCCCCUAGGCGGGGACACCAGGACAUCGUUUUAAAACGCGUUAUUUCUUUUCGGACAUUAAAUGUUUCAGUGUACCUCACGCAGUUAAUGGUGAAUGUGUGUGAGGAAAGGUUUAUGCUGCAGGACUCUUGGGAUGUGUAAGAUCUUCAUCAGUCCUGAAUUUCUGCAGCUUAUAGAAGCUGAACCCAGGGCAUCUGUGCAAGAUUAUAUGUCCUGGGCGUGUGUACGCCAUGGCUCUAGUUCAGGCUCUGCCUGUGCCCAGUGAUCAUCCGAAACCCAGCGCUGAGGUCCAGCAGUGCUGCUCAGUGUCUCACUCCCCCACUGUGGCUACGCCAGGCACCAUGGGUUCCGUCAGCAGCCUCAUUUCCGGACGUACCUACCAGGAGCGCCACUGCCGAGCCGUCAGCGACUACGGUGCUAAGUAUCGUAAACCCACACCAGCUACCAGCUGUUUCCGACAACAAGAGGGAACGCUCCGAAGCGCCAGCUCACAGGAGCAGCUUCUCAACAACCAGCCUCCCCUACCCACUAAAACCAAGUCUUCUGCCCUUAUCUCUGCUGGCAACGGUAACUACGGCUAUCUGAGUGAUGAGCCGGUGGGUGACUGGAAUGAUAACCAUGUGUCCGCAUGCAGCCCGUGCAGUGACACUGAAGAACCUCCUGAUAACAGGAGCAUGAAUGGUAACAUUGGUGGCCCUCCUCCCAAGCUCAUUCCAGUUUCAGGCAGGCUGGAGAAGAGUAUGGAGAAGAUCCUGAUCCGUCCAACCGCCUUUAAGCCUGUUGUGCCCAAGAAUCGCAAUUCAGUGCAGUACCUGUCUCCACGGCAAGGGGGCAGUUUGUCUGAAAGCCAGAGCAGUCUCAAUCUCUUACUUCCUGGUGCUGGAGCAGGGUUAGGUUGCGCUGAGAAGCGAAACUCAUACAGUGGGGGUCGCAAUGCACGGAGUAGCCAAUCCUGUACCAUGUCAGACUCAGGACGCAACUCCCUCUCCAGCCUGCCCACCUACAGCAGCACUGCAUACAGCCUGGCAAAGAGCGAGGUACCCGAUGGGAAUAUGGAAACACGAUCCGGUGGUGGGCACGGACACUCUAAUUCUGACAGCGGUCGAUCGUCAUCGAGUAAGAGCACGGGGUCUUUAAGUGGCCGAGGCCAGCACCUUUCAGACAACGGGUCUUGUGGAAGAUCCCCGGCUCCGGGAGAAGGAUACGAAGGGGUCAUUCGUGAUCUAGAGGAGAAACUGAGGGAACGAGAUCUGGAGCUACAGCAACUCAGGGAAAAUCUGGAUGAGAACGAAGCAGCCAUAUGUCAGGUGUAUGAGGAGAAGCAGAAGCGUUGUGAGCAGGAGUUGGAGGAUCUUCGGCAGAGUUGUGCAUCCAAGAUGAAGCAGGCACAGUUGAAGGCUCAACGUGCGCAACAGGUGCUUCAGUUGCAAGUGUUCCAGCUGCAGCAAGAAAAGAAGAAAUUGCAGGAAGACUUUUCUCAACUGUUGCAGGAAAGGGAGGCAUUGGAGAAGAGAUGUGCCUCUUUUGAAAAAGAGCAGACUCAACUUGGUCCCAGAUUAGAAGAAACGAAGUGGGAGGUAUGUCAGAAGUCAGGAGAGAUCUCUCUGUUGAAGCAGCAGCUAAAGGACGUACAAGCGGACAUUGGUCAGAAGGCUAGUGAGAUUGUUGCAUUGAAGGCCCAGAUGAGAGAGGUUCGCUCUGAACUGCAAGCCAGUCAGGCUCGAUCGCAAGAGGCUCAUGCCACAGCCCGCACCCGCACACUAGAACUGGAGGUCUGUGAGAAUGAGCUGCAGCGCCGUAAGAGUGAAUCCGAGCUCUUGCGAGAGAAGAUGGGACGUUUGGAACAAGAGUCUCUCCGUCUCAAGGAGGCUCUGGCAGUGCCGAUUACCCAACCACCUAAAGGGCAAUGCAUGAGCCUGCCUCUGCCUCAAAGCCGUGUCGGAAUUGCCCACGGGAUAAGCCCUGCUUUCCGGGACAAUAGCAGCGAAGAGCAACUUCUGGCAUAUGAGAGCGAUGAAGCGAAAGUGCAACGGCAGAGCAUGGACGUGUUACACGGACUCCGUCAGCAAGUGGAGCGGAUGAGAGCGGAGCUGAUGUACGAGAGGAGGAGGAGUGAGGACCAGCUGGAGGCCUUCGGGGAGGAGCGCAGGGUGUGGCAGGAGGAGAAAGACAAGGUGAUCCGUUACCAGAAACAGCUGCAGCAGAAUUACAUCCAGAUGUAUCGUCGGAACCGUGACCUGGAGCGGGUGAUGAGGGAACUCAGUCUGGAGCUGGAGAACAGGGACAUGGAGGAGUUUGACAUGCGUGGCAAUGAGAUCCACUUUGAGGAGAUCACUGCCACUGAAAUCUAGCCUACGUCUCACUUUCUGCCAUCAGUCCGUGGCCCCAGAAUUCACUUUUACUGUGGUUGUGUGAGGAAUAUCAGUAGUCACAGGCAUGCUAUUGUUGUGGAGCUCCAUGUCCAGGCCCAGAUGGACUCUGCAUACCAGGAAAAUGUUUGGAAUGGAUUUAAACAUGUAUUAAUGGUGCCCAAUACUCUAUGCUAUUGUGAGUAGUUAAACCAUAAUCAAAUUAGACUAACAAAAAAUAUGGGCUGUGCAAAUUGGGAAUUCAAGUUCUGCUCCUACUAGAGUUCUACAUGAACUGUGGGGGGUCAGAUAUGUCCCAAAUGAAAGCUAAUGCAGUCUUCCUGGGUCUAUGUUUGGACACAUGAACUGUUGAAUAAUGCAGGCUUGUGAAACAAAAUUGAAGGAGUGCUUGUAAGCACGUUUCUGAAACCUAAAAUGACAAAUAAUCCUAUAGUUUCAUGGACUUCACAUACAGUAGGCUGCAGACACACAAGUCACAUCAUGUGCGCCAUUUGGCAAGUUGUAUUUUCUCAUCUUAAGUUCUUCCUCACACUGCCCCAGAAACAUUGAGGGGUUUCGAAUGAAUGUACAAUGACUGCAAACAGCAGUUCAUGACGCCAAUGAAAAAGGAAAGGAUGUCCUCAAAGAUAGUGCUUGUUCCGAAACCAUAGGAUGGAAGACCCAUAGUUGUAAUAUCAGGCAAUACUCAGACUACACUACUUAGUAUUCACUUUUUGCCAGCAAUUAUGUGGAUAAGAAAAGACUGGGAGACUGUUUAGCAUAUUAUGUUAGGUCACUGAAAAUACAAUUUUGUAUUAUUUUUAACAUUUUAGUUGUUAUUCUGGUGUUUAGAGUACACAGUUACAUGGUGCCAUUUCUUUUUAGCCAUUGACAGCACUAUGCAGUAAAAACCCUUCAUUUUAUCUCGCAGAACCGCUGCUUAGACUACGUUUGAUACUAAUCACUAAUGUAGAAGUGUUAUUUUUAUAAUUGGAUUAUAUAUUAGCCAACAUAACAAAACAUAAAUAGCAAAUAUAGUAUGCUUUAUUUCUGUGCACACUGUACAUAGUGAACUGCAUGUGCGCAUGGUUGUAGCAUUUUUAUGUCAGACAAUCUGGUAUUGACUUAUCACAUAGGUUACAUCAGAUGGAGCAAUUAUGCACAGUAAUUACAUAAAUUAAAUAAAAAUGUUGGGUUGGGUCAAAUAUGGACAAAUCCAACUGAAAUCAACUAUGGGUUGAAAAAGCCCAGCAUUUGGGUUGAAAUAACCCAGUUGUUGGGUUUGUCCAUAUUUGACCCAACAUUUAACAUUAUCAUAUUACACUCUAAAAAAAGGCUGGGUUAUUUUCAACCCAGCAUUGGGUAAAAAGGACGAACUUUGAUGUUGGGUUAAAUUAACUCAGAAAAUGUUUAUAUUUGACCCAACAACAGGUUAAAACAACUCAGCAUUUCGAGUUGAAACAACCCAGCAUAGAUUAAAUUGCAACCCAACAGGUUGAGUUUGUUCGUUUUUGAUCCCACGCCGGGUUAAAAAACAAGCAUUUUUUUGAAUGCACAUUUGCAUAAAGUUCCAGAAAUACUUAUCAAAUGUUUGUGGUCAUGUUGUUAAAAACGGGAUAUUAUACUAUAUAAAAGUAUUGCUUUUUACAGAACAGAUCCUUUAAAAAACAAAGUAAAAUGAAAAUAUAUAAAUAUAUAUGAUGUAUAUUUUUAUAUAUAGCACCUAAAGCUAUUUUGUGGUAACUUUGUGGGUUUAACAAAUCUGUAAUGCAGAUUACGCACAGUCAUCCAUAGGGACCUUUUGCCAUCAGCAAUUCAUGAAGAGCUCUAACGGCAGAUCAUAUAGCACAGUUAGUGCUUUCAUAAUGAACUUUAUGUGUUAAAAAUAAAGCAUUAUUACCGUUAGAUAUUUUGGCUAAUGUGCACCAAACACUGCGACAGCCGUAAAAUAACAAUAGCAUAACAGUCAUCUGUAAUAAUGAUGCUAUAUUUUGUGACAUCAGGGAAAAAAAGAUUAAAUAAAAAUGGCACAAAAUAAUGGCUUAAACGGGAAAACUGCAUGCAAAAUUACAUUUCAUCCAUCUCAACCAAAGAUAGCACCAUGAGAACAUUUACCUUCCCCUUUAAUUCACACAUUUAUUCAGUGCUUCCCUUUUUACCAAACAAAAUAUGGAACAUGUAGUGUACUUAAACAAAUCCUACAAUAAGUCAGUCUGUUUGUUUUCAUUCGAGACCCAAUGAUUCACUUUACACUGUCAAAAAGAUUCAAAAGCUGUCACUGUUAUGGUACAAGCUGUUAAAGUAUUCAAAAAUAAUGCACACUCAAGGUCAAUGGUAAUGCGGCACGGCGCAAAGCGCAUUAUUUUCAAAUAAUUUAAAGAACUGGUGUCAAUUAUUCAGCUUAUACCACAGUAACCAGAGACAUUGCUCUGGUUGUUAUUUUAAGACAUUUAACAGGUCAGGUGUGCGUUUAUCGCAAAAUGCAUACAUGUGGAACAUUUCUCAACCAAUCAGAAUAAAGCAUUUCACAGGCCCAUGGUAUAAAAGCAUCCUAAUAUGUUUUAUUUAUUUACAGAUGUGUACCUUUAAGGCAUACUUUUUAAAGGGUACCACCCCAGUGACAGCUUUUGUAGUUUUUUCUGUGUGUAGUAUUGGUCAGGAUGGUUCACUAUUAGUUAUUGGUCUCGUUUUGCUUUCAAAAAUACAUUCCUGAAAGCAUUUAAAAGAUGAUCUGCAUCUAUCAUUAUUACAAUAGCUUUAUAAUGAUGACACUACCUGAGAAUCAAAAUCAUGAAUGGCCAGAGAAGCACUGUGAUUGGACGAGGAUAUAUGUGUGUUAUGGCCUAUAGAUUCUGUUCUCACUCUGAUGAGAUUGUUACAUCUAUCAUAUGACCGUACAAUCAUUAUAGCACAUGUUGAGUAACUUUAGUCAAUCAAACCUUUGAUUAAAUACACAUGUAAAUAUUUUUCAUAUUGUAAGAUUAUUGACAUAUUCAAUAUAUUUGUUUUUAGACACACAAAAUAUCUAUUUUGAAGGUGUAACCACUGUGAAUAGACCAAAGCAAAUUAACAUUUAAUCUUUUCCUUCGUAUAUGUGCUUGUUUUAUUUGUCAGUCUAUAAUGUUUGUAGUCAUGUAUGUAUAUUUUCAUGCUGUAUAUUUCUUGUAAAAAUGUGUU